GACAAUUGCCCGUCGUGGAGUGGAAGCACUCUCUGCUGGCCCUCUGCCCUGUCUUUGCGCCAUGUCGUCCCACCCGCCAACCGUCUAUUUCCGCCGGGCCUCUUUCUCGAAGCUCUUGCGCCAGGAUACCCUGCGAUAUCCCCCUUGUCCCCGGAUACGGUUCGGGUGGAUCGAUUCGACAUGGAUUCCGACGUGGCUUUUCCAGGCGACGAUGGACGCGAGGUUCCCCAUUGUCAUCAUCGCCGCGUAUGCGGUGGCCACGAUGUUUCUCAAUCGCCACAAUCAGGCGCGGCAGAGCCAACCGUGGGCAAUCAGUCGCACGCGGGGCUUCCGAAGGUUUGUUUACCUGCACAACAUUGCCCUGACACUGUACUCGCUGUGGGCCUGCGUCAGCAUCUGGACCCUCCUUUGGUCCAGCCGAGUCGACCGACAGGAUCCGCUGUACACACUGCGGACGGUGGAUCGCAUCUGCGGUGGACACCAUUUUCGGACGGCUAGCGGCCAGUCGGAGGUUGAAGGGCCCUGGACGGCGGGGGUUUACGUCGCCUGGACGUUCUACCUCUCCAAAGCAUACGAGAUGCUCGACACAAUGAUCAUCCUCGCCAAGGGGAAGCGUGCCACGAGGCUGCAUGUGUAUCACCAUCUGGGCGUUCUGCUCUGCGGCUGGGCCAGCGUCCGAUACGUCCUGCAAGCGAGCUUCAUUGGUCUUCUGUUAAAUUCUACGGUCCACACGCUGGUGUACUCUUAUUACACGCUCUCGGCCUUCCGCAUACACAUCUCCAGUCCGAUGAAGGCUGGACUGACGGUAAUCCAGAUCGGCCAGUUUGGCGUCGGGCUCCUGUUCUCUUUAGCCUUCGUCUUUAUCCAGUACGAUGUCCCGCUGCGGAUGGACCGGCAACCAGACCAGGACUCGCCGUCCACCUCCCCGCGGGCGGCCAACACCACCCGCGGCUCGCCGUCAGGGGCAGGUGGGGACGAUCUGGUCCCGCAGUACCGCACUGUCACCUGUCUCAAGAACCGGGGGGAUAUUCUCGUCUUUUGGGGAGGAUUCCUGUACGUUUGCGUUCUGAUGCUCCUCUUUGUGGGGUUCUUCCGGCAGACGUACUUGCAGAGACACAAGACGAAGACGCUGUGAGUCUCACUUCUUAUAAAACAGCAGGAUCAAUCGAAAUAUCAUUUUCAGUGUCAGUGUGGGGAGAGGAACAAGCCUAUGAGACAACGAGACGUAGAAGUAGAGGUAAAGGCAGAGAGGCGGUUCAAACCUAAGCCUGCUGGAUCGCGAGUGAGCACUUCAAUUGAUGUGACGGCCGUCUGCUCCGGCCAAGUAGAGUACAGUGGUGUUGUUCUCAUGUUGCAGAUGUGGAUCUUCUCUACACAUCUUGGACCGGCACAGGCGUCCUCAAACUCAUCAGGUUCAUUUAUUGUCCCGCACCAAGUGGAUCAUGGGCGUGCAUCAUAUCUCAUAGGUUGUCGGUGAUCUUCGUCGCAGAAGAAGAUGAAGAACGAAAACAAGAAUAAGAACAAGAAGGACAUAAAUCACAGCGCCGCCACUAACUCAUCCACACUCUUCAUCUCCCGCCCAUUAUUCUCCCCCACAUCCAACGCCACCAGCACGCGACUGACGCAGUUAUACCCGGCAAUCCCAGUAGUCAACUCAACGAUCUCACGGUCAGAGAGGCCGGCGUCGGCCUGCAAGCCCGCAAAGGUAUCGUCAGCGACACGCACCGUCUGGGUCAUCUCGUCAACGUAGCGAACGACAGCACGCUGGGCGGUAGACAGCGCGGUCUCGGCAUCGAGGGCGGCGCGAGCACCGGCAAGGUCCUCUCCAGUGGCGGUGGGGCCCAGAUGGCGCACAGCGUGCAGGGCGGCGGGC